CAUUGUCAGAACAGCAAAAUAACAGGUUUUGUGUUUUCUUUUAUGUUAUGUACAAAGUUUUGGUUAGGUUAGAAUUUACUUUUAUUUGACUAAAAUCGAUACAUAACUGUUUUAAAAAUUUUAUGUAUGAGUCGUAAAUAUUAAAAAAGAAUUUUCUUUCUACAAGAUGUCAGCAAGAAAGCUGACCUUUGUUACUGGAAACGCAAAAAAAUUAGAAGAAGUAAGGGCUAUUUUAGGAAAUAGUUUUCCCUUAGAAGUUAUCAGUCAUAAGCUAGAUCUGCCAGAGCUGCAGGGUGAGAUUAAUGAGGUCUCUAUCAGGAAAUGUCAAGAGGCCGCGCGGCGGCUCAAAAGUCCCGUAUUGGUAGAAGAUACAUGUCUUUGUUUUAAUGCAUUAAAAGGUCUGCCUGGACCUUAUAUAAAGUGGUUUUUAGAGAAACUGGAACCUGAAGGUUUACCAAGAUUACUAGCUGGAUGGGAGGAUAAAUCUGCUGAGGCUGUGUGCACUUUUGCAUAUUGUGAUGGAGAAAGUCAUUGUGAAGACCUAGAUGUUCUGUUAUUUCAAGGCAUAACUGCAGGAAAAAUUGUCACUCCUAGAGGUCCAAGGUCUUUUGGAUGGGAUUGUGUUUUUGAACCAGAGGGCUAUGACAAAACUUAUGCAGAAUUACCAAAAGAAGAGAAGAAUAAAAUAUCCCAUAGAUACAAAGCCUUAGAUAAGCUCAGAACAUAUUUUAUUGAAAAAUCUUAGAUUUGUUUGUUAUUGUUUAUUUGUUCUAUUGUGCUUUAAAAACUCAAUAAAAUCCUACCACUUUUCAACAUGUUCUAUACUUUAUAUCAAUAAAAUAAAUACUUUUUUUUAAUUUAGAGUAAUAAUAAUCUAUUUGUGUGUCUAAAAGGAAAACUAAUUUAUUAAAAAAAAGUUGAAAAUAAUAUAAAUUUGUAGCAUUUAUUGCACAGGAUCAAAUGGGAUCAAACCUAGUCAUUAUAUUAAGUAUUCAUAUAUCUGUAUUUUGUCACAUACAUAUUUACUAGUUCUGUGGUAACUGCUAUCUUUAUUUAUUUUCUGAACAUCAAUAUAUGUAUAACAUGCUAUGUGUUUUUGUGUUGCUGCAUAGUUCCAUGAAACUAGGUUGUUAAAUUCUUAAUUGUUAUAACAAUUAAAUAGAUGUAAAUAAACAGGAAUAAGUUUCUGUGUUCUAAAACAUUUUAUUCCCCAUUUUUAAAGGAGAGUUAAGGCUCAAUUCACACACCUUGGCUCCAAUGAAAUUUGUAAAUGUGCAUUGUCCAUACCCAUGGAAC